AUUACUUGAGGUUUUCCAGGCUUUCCUGAGGUACGGGUACACGAGCUUGCAGUGCAGCAUAGCUUCUGUCAGCAGCAUCAGCGGUAGAUAAGGCAGUGACUCUGAAGUUUGCUGCGCUACGAAUACUCUCAAUCUGUUCCACUAUCCUAGGUUCCCUUUCUUGCUCUACGAUGACCCAGACCUCCGCUUCAUUUGCAUCUGAAUCUGGCGCGGACUCAUGGCAGGAGAUAUCCCGUUGUAAACGUUCUGAUCGAGAAGCGAUUCUCAAUCAAUAUCCCCAAUGGAGACUACAGACCAUAGUAUCUCCCGGAAUCAAAGACGUUUCGAAGGUGCUACACAAAGAACUAUCAUCGGCAGAGCUGGAAAUAGUCCAAGGCGAUGCUUCUGCGAUUCUGGCUGCCGUUCACGAUCGCCGUUACUCUUGUGUGCAGGUCAUAGAAGCUCAUUGUCAUGCAGCCGUCGUCGCACAGGAUUUAACAAACUGUCUUACCGAGAUAUUCUUUGACGAAGCUGUGCAGCGUGCGAAGGAGCUUGAUGAUUACAUGGACCGUACAGGAGAGGCAUACGGGCCCUUGCAUGGUCUACCGGUAUCGAUAAAAGAUCACAUCAUGGUGAGGGGUAAAGAUACUUCUACAGGAUAUGUGGCUUGGUGCUACAAGACAAAAGCAGACAAGGAUGCCGUUGCAGUAGACAUACUUAGAAAGGCUGGAGCCAUUCUUUUUGUUAAGACAAAUAAUCCACAAACUUUACUGUCUCUCGAAACGAAUAAUAAUAUUUUUGGUCGGACAUGCAACCCUUAUGAUCGUGAUCGGACUCCCGGAGGAAGUAGCGGAGGAGAGAGUGCUCUGAUUUCACUCCACGGCAGCCCCCUCGGGUUGGGAACUGAUAUCGGGGGAAGUAUAAGGUUACCGGCGGCGUGUACCGGUCUUUAUGGCUUUAAAGCUUCUGUUGCUAGGAUCCCGCAUAAAGGUCUCAUGGGCUCGCAUGACGGCAUGGAUGCAAUAAUUGGCGUUUUGGGGCCCCUCACACGCUCAGCCAGAGAUCUGUCAUUAUUCUGCAGGGUGAUGCUGGAAUACAAACCAUGGUUGGUUGAGCCACCACUUCUAGAGAUUCCAUGGAGGCAAGAUGUAGUCGAUGGAAAGGACCUGCCAUCAAGGCUUUGCUUCGCAGUGCUUUGGGACGAUAAGGUGUUCAAGCCAGAACCUGCAAUUAUUGAUGCACUAGAUAAAUGCAAAACUUUGCUGACCAAAAUGGGCCACGUGGUGAUCGAUUGGGAACCAAUACUGCAUAAGGAAGCCUGGGAACUUCUCACCAAGUUGUACUUCUUGGAUGGCGGAGAAGAGUAUAUAAAUGUUCUGAAGGGGUCUGGAGAACCUGCCGUGCUUCAGACGAAGUGGAUUUUAGAUCAAGUUCCGAACAAUGGAAAGCCAUUUACAGUUGCAGAGACUUUCCGCCUCAAUCUUGAGAGGGAAGGGUUUCGUCAAAGGCUCCUUGAGCACUGGAAUAAUACCGAGGCUAGAACUGGGUUGCAUAGAUCGGUCGAUGCCAUCAUUGCGCCGGUCGCUCCAACUUUGGCUCCGAGGCACGGUGAGACGAAAUGGUGGGGAUAUACUUCAUACUGGAACCUGGCAGAUUAUCCAGCAGCGGUUUUCCCAGUUGGUUAUUGCAAGUCAAAUUCAAAAGAGGUAGAUAUUAGGGCGACAUUACCGGACUCCCAGCGAAAUACGACCGGAAAGGUGGACUCUGAUGGCCUGCCUGUCUGUCUGCAGCUCAUAGGACGUAGGUUGAAUGAAGAAAGGGUUCUGGGAAUGUUGAACGUGAUCGAUGACGCUCUUGGCCGGGAUAUGUCCUAUUCCCGAUGAUUCCUGUAAUUCAGACCCUCUGGCGUUGUCGCGAGCGUCUAUCAUUGCAAUAAAUCCAUUUCCU